AUGAUACCCGGUAAUAUCGCCCAGCCCACCAUCCACCCGCGCAGCAAUUGCUUUCACUUUACGUCGAAUUUGCAGGGAAAGCAACGGGAAAUUCUUAGUUUCGUCGAGUCGCCUUUGGAGCAUCACGCUGCCGCGUUAACCGGCUGCGACGCCGACGAAAACGACGUAAGCGACGACGAUUACGACGACUUUGGCGACGAAUUUAGCGACGACUUCGGUUAUGGCGACGACGAUGGCGAAAGCGACGCCGAAAGAUACGGCGAGUCGGACGACUCGUACGAUAUCGACGAGUACCACCUCGGAGGGCGGUUCGGAAGGCCGUUUGACUCAACAGAAGACACGUUUCGAGACAGACAGACGGAUCGAGCGAGGGAAACAGACUCAGAGGCCGAGGCAGAUCGCUUGGGGGAGUUGGAUCGCGUGGGGGAACCGGGUCGCGUGGUGCAACCGGGUGGUCUCGAGGUCCCUUGCGGCUGUCGUUUUCUGCCGGCGCAGCGGGCAGGUGAUGCGGAGAAGCACCCUCGUUUACUGGCGGCAGGUGUGGCGCGCGAUCCGGCGCGCGAACCCCGAAUGGCGGCGCGUCCCGACGGCGAUGCAGAAGCAGUGGGCGCGCAUGAGAGCGCGCUACGACGCGGAGACGCACGACCCGCGCCGGAUACGAUGGCGGAAGCAGCAGACGGGGGUUCCGCCAUUCCCCGCGAAGGGAAUACCCCCUGGCGCGGAGCAGCACGCGGGGGUUCCGCCAUUCCCCGCGAAGGGAAUACCCCCUGGCGCGGAGCAGCAGGCGGGGGGCUCGGUUGA